CCUGACAACGAUCAUAGUGUGUAAUGAGAGAGGAAUGUCUGGAAACCAGGAUACAAUCUUGCUCAAUCCUGUUUGAAACACAAACAAACACAUGUUGGAUGAUUUAGGUUCAGGCGAAACUGAAAGCUUCUCAUAACUGCGGAAGGACAGCGAACAAUAGACAGACAGAGAAAACCGGAAUACUGCAACUUCAACCAGCUGCUGACUCCAGGAGAUUUAAGACUGGAUAUUUUGAGACGUUUCUAAAGGAGGGAACUAAACUGCCUGUCACAAGGUUUCUUCUAUUUUUCCUUGAGACUUCUUAUAAAUUUUUUCUCAUCACCAUCAAGGACUUGGGCUGUGUCAGGAACUGUUGCUGACGUGCCACUGUACAGCACUGUGGGACACUGUACGUGAAACUGGGUUGUGAACAGACAUUUGACUUGGGAGUGGAAGCUGUUUGAGCUACCUGACUGCUGUUUAGUGUAACUUAGAAAUCAUGGCUUGUCGGUUAGAGGAGAAUCUCUCCUGUCCUGUCUGUCAUGACAUCUAUAAACAGCCUGUCAUCCUGUCGUGCAGCCACAGUUUCUGUAAAGCCUGUUGGCAGCGUUGUUGGACAGACAGAGGAAAGGAGUGCCCAGUCUGCAGGACAAUAUCUGUAUUAUAUGAUCCACCUCUAAACUUGGCACUGAAGAACAUGUGUGAAGAUUUUCUACUGGACAGAACUGAGAGACGUUCAACAGGGUCUGCAGAUCUCUGCAGUCAACAUGCAGAGAAACUCAAACUCUUCUGUCUGGAUCAUCAGCAGCCAGUUUGUCUCAUCUGUUCGCAUUCAAAUUUACACACCAGCCACAUCUUCAGACCCAUCGAUGAAGCAGCUCUGGAUUACAAAAAGAUACUUCAGGAACUCCUGAAACCUUCAAAGGAGAAACUGGAGCUCUUCAAUGACAUUAAAGGAAACUUUAAUCAAACAGCUAAAGACAUUGAACUCCAGGCUCAAGACACAGAGAGGCAGAUUAAUGACGUGUUCUUGAUGCUCCAGAAGUUUCUCCAAGAGGAGAAGGAGGCCAGGAUGGCUGCACUGAGGAAGGAGAAGGAGCAGAAGGUUCAGAUGAUGAAGAGGAGGAGUGAAGCUCUGAGCAGAGAGAUAGCACCUCUUUCAGACACAGUCAGAGCCACAGAGGAGGUGCUGAGAGCUAAAGAUCUCUCAUUCCUGCAGAGAUACAAGACUGCAGCUGAAAGAGUCCAGAUUCCCCUGCCAGAUGAUCCACAGCCGACCCCAAGAGCUCUGAUAGACAUGAGCGAACACCUGAACAACCUGUCGCUCAAAAUCUUGGACAGUGUGAAGGAGAAAGCAACUUCCACUCUGAACCCCCCGCAGAGAAAAUUAUCUGAUAUUGAAGUCCUCUGCCCAACCCGAUCAAGCCCCUGCCUGAUGUUCCCAUCCAUCUCGAAGUUUUGCAAUGGAUAUGUCAAACCCCAAAUGGAAUUCAACCUUUCAUUUGAUGAAGAUAAUGACGAUGAUCUAUACGGCUAGAUGAUCCUAUUGUCUAUGCAAAUUGCGAAUCCAAUCAAGAUCACAAUUAGUCCAGGGAGAGAGUUUUUUGUACGCUGUAAUGAUGUGGAUGCAGCUACAUUUGUUUUACUUUAUUACUGAAUUCAUCCUCAUCCACACCAUGUAAAAUUGUUGUAUUUCUGUAUAUCAUUUUAUCAUUUUAUGAUAUACCAUUUGUGCUUUGCAUGUAGCAUAAAGGGAAGUACAAACUUCAUCUCAUUUACAUAACCCUGUGCUGUAAAAUGACAAAUAAAUACCUUGUACCUUUGCUAGUAUAGAGAAUGGGGUCUGUAAAAGAAGAUCUUAACUAAAGCAGCUUAUAAGUGCUGCAACCCCUGAAAACCCUGCAGUCUGUCUGCCAUUUUAUUGAUUAUUGAUUUUUUAUUGAUUAUUGAUUUUACCUUAGUAGGUAAAAAACGCAGCUUUAUCAGUCAUCCCUUAUAAGAUAAUGUUUUGGCAACUCUCAGAGCUCUUUUCCUGUUACAAAAAAAUACACUGAAGAAAAAGAAAUAUAUGCAUGAAACUAAUAUUACCUUUAUAUUUUUAAAUCUUUUUAAAGUUUUGACUCAUAUUUUUCUAACUUUGUUUAUUCUGUUUUGCUGAAGUGUCUUUAAUUAAACAAGGAUAUAAGAUAAUUAGUGUUUCUUUCCAAAGGACUUUUAUAUUCAUUCUUCUCUGUUAGUAUUGCGACCAAGUGUCACAUUGCACAGAUUGGUGAAUUGAUUACUGAAAAGUGGAGAUUUUAUAAUCAGACUUCAUAUCUUUGGUGACGAGGAAACUAAAUCUUUACUACUGCUGUGAACUAACUGUACACUGCUGUAUUUUAGAUUUGCUUAUUAUUAUGCUUACUGGGAUUAUAUAUACACAGGGUGACAAAAUAAUAAAAACACCUGAUACCUAAAA